AUGGAAAAAACUAUGGAGCUAGCUCAUGAUGCAUCCAAGACUAUGAGUAUGGCAAACGCCAUUUUUUCUCCAGUUAGCACAAAGCUAAGCUGUUUCAAUCCAGCAGUAAAAUUCGAUGGGAACUUUUUGUACGUUUGGGCUAUUAUUUCCUUAUCUAUUUUUCUCGCUUUUCUAAAUCAUCUAUAUUCGUUCUUCAAUAAAAAGUCGAACAGACUCUCCAUACUUUGGAACAGGAAACAGGAGGACAAGGAAAGCGAUGACGAAGAAGUAGAGGACGACGAAGAGGAAGGUGAAGAUGACGAAGAAUAUUACGAAGCCAGUGAUAAGGAGGAUUUCCUAACAGAACAAGAAGAAAAGGAUAAAGAAAAUGAAAAGCAUAUAGCUGAAGGAAAGGAAAAAAUAAGAAAACUUAUAAUUGAAGCAGAUAAACAAAAAAAUUACGUAGUUCUGACAGAUCUGACGGACUUGACGGAAGAGGAAUUAGAGGAAUGGAAAAACCAAGAAUGGAAAAAAUAUAUGAGCAAUAUCGAAGAAGAAUGGCAACUUUUAAAUUUGUGGAUAGAAGAAGAAAGACAAAACUGGAUUGAUAGUAAAGACAAAGAAUUAGAAAACUGGAUGAACAAAAUGGAAAAUAAAUGGAUGGACGUAAAUAAUAUAAAUAAAGAAUACCAAUGCGUAUUUAUAAAGAGUUGCAUCAAAGGUGAUGACCAAAAUCAAAUAAAAGAACAGUUAAAACAUGAACUAAAGAAUUUUAUCUACCGCGAUUGGAAAAAGUGGCUGCGUGAAAAUGAGUCCUACUUAAAUACAUGGCUAAUAAAACAAUGGAUACAAUGGAAAAACAACAAAAUACUUAAAUAUCUCAUGGCUGAAUGGAAACACGAAGAAGAUGAAUACUGGAAUGAUUGGGAAAAAACAGAAACAUGGAAAUGGUUACAUUUUAAUAAGAGGAAAAAAUGGCAAGCAUGGAAAAACAGAGUUACCAAUGAAAAACAAGAAUGGGACAACUGGGUAAAAAUUAAAGAACAACUAGUUAUAUACAAUAAAUAUAAAAAAUUUACCCUAUGGGUGAAUGCAAAAAAACCUUCUAUUAAUCAGUGGGCAGAAUCACUCGCUGACAAAUGCGUAAAUGACUCCAGAUGGGAUAUUUGGAUUAAUGAAAAAUAUAAUGAAUUCAUGCUAGAACAGAAAAUGGAAAAAAAAGAAAAACGAAAGGAAAAAAAAAAAAAUUAG